UAACGAAUAGACUGUCCUACCACAAUGCCAUCGACGUACUUCUAUGCCUGCAUUAUGCUGAUGACGUUCGUCCAUCUAACGACCAGUGAAACAGACUGGACAAAGAACUGUAAUACUUGUUCUUGUAUUUGGGUCAGCGGUAAAAAAACUGCGAACUGCUCACAUAGGGAUUUUUCCGAAAUCCCUAAAGACAUGAGCAACGAACUUCGCGAUAUUGACUUCUCCAACAAUCCCCUGCACACGCUCAGCAACAGUGAGUUUAUAGCUGCUCGACUCAUCGACACUCACAAACUGAAAUUUCAAAAUUGUUCAAUUGAUAUCAUCGACGAAGGUGCACUUCUCGGCUUGAAGCUUUUAAUCGAACUGGAUUUAUCCAGAAACAAUUUUCGAACCUUGAAAAAAGACACAUUCACGGAACUGGUCAAAAUUCGAAUACUUACUUUAAGCUACAACAGAAUUGAUGUUAUUGAAGAUGGUUUAUUUAGAAAUUUAAUGUUCUUAAGGAAACUGCUUCUCGAUCACAAUCAAAUUGAGAACAUCAACAAGAACUCCUUUCAAAAUUUGCCUCUACUAAGCAAUUUACACUUAGCAUACAAUAAGUUGAAGACGGUAGAUUUUGACUUGAAGGUCACCCUUCCGAAACUAAACAGUCUGAACGUUGAAGGAAACCCUUGGGUGUGCGAUUGUAACUUGGAACCUUUUCGAAAUCUGGUAAAGAAAAAUAAUCUAAUCACUCAUAUUACCGAAUGUGAAGAACCGCCGAAACUGAAGGGAACUUCUUGGUUGUCCUCUGAGAAGUUUGCCUGUUCUCCGGUUAUUUUAGAACCGUUAGCAUCCACGCAAAUUCAAGCGACCAGUAACAACAUCACUUUGAUUUGUAAGGUUUUUGGUGAGCCCGAACCCGACGUGGACUGGACCAACAACGGUCACAUCGUUGAACGCGAUCCGAGAAAAAACAAACAGAAAUACUUUACUGCUAAGAACAAUAAUGGGCAGUACACUUGGAACAAUCUUACCAUAACAAACUUGAGUUACAAAGACCGGGGAGAGUACAGAUGCAUAGCGAAAAAUCCUGGCGGUGAAGACGAGAAAAACGUCACACUUGUCAUAGACAGCGACUUGCUUUUAGGCGUGAUGACGGGCAUCGGUCAGUCCAGUGCGUUGAUUAUCGGACUGUCCGUCGGUCUCAUUAUUCUGCUAGCGAUUAUUCUGAUUAUGGCAUGUCUGUUUUGUCGAAAGACGAACCGUCACGGGUUCCCGAGCAAGCGUAGGGAUCUGGGGAGUUCGUCGAACGAGUGUAUCAACAUGAGCGCCCAUCUAGAUAUGAAGAAAGGACUGAUCACGGAGGUUAAUCCGAUCUGUAAACCGCCGAGAACGACGGUACCCGACUCGGUGAUCGGGGGCGGUACUGAAGUCAGCGACGUCAAGAAAAAUUUACUGGACAACGAAUCGGUUUUCGAAUGCGACGACGAGUCUAGAUCUCUAGACUUUAAUCAACCCUUGUUAAGGAAAUCUCACAACACUUUGCUGGAUCCUGACUUUCGACAAAAUAAUCCUUAUCCUCCCGAUUUACUACCAUUUCCACCUAUGGGACCACAGUUAUCACCGGCUGGAUCUAACGCAUCCACAGUAGUAAUUGAUUCAAGAUUGCCCCCAAUCCACGGUCCACAAAGCCCCCUGCACAGCCCCCUCUACGAACAGGCCAGUAUCUACCGGACCUUGCCCUAUUCCAGGUCGCACAGCCCCUUCGUUCAGGGAGUAGCGGUACCUCGAAUCCCUAGACAGGGUGUUGGAUACGUGACUAUUCCCCGACGACCGAGGCAGCAAAGCUGGAGCUCGGAACCGCCCCCGAAUAUGGAAAUGAUCAGCGAACCGCUCUACGACAAUCUGGGUAUGAGAAGAUCGGCUAACGGGAGUUACCUAUCAAUCAACAAUCUCGGCACCAAAUCGGCCGUGUCUACACCUCGCUCCAACCGUGCGUACCCCUUAAGCCCCAAAGCAAUCAAUCCAAUAGAGGAAACCUACGAAUCGUCCGCGCCCAGCUUGAGCACUCUGGUGGCAGAAAAACCAGCAGAUACGUACCAGCAGGAAGAACCCGCGCCAUCCACACCACCACAACCCAAACCACGACCAAAUCCGAAACCACAACCGCCUCAGAAACCAGUUGCCAGUCAGACUUUACCUCGAAACUUAAAUUCGACCAAAUUGACACCAUCUAGGACCAAGUGGGCUAUGGAUAAUGCCGAACAGUUACGCAGCCCGUCAGAGAAACGGAACUCUAUUGCUGGAGAUGCUCCAUCUACUGAAGGUAAACCGAAGAAGAUUCCUCCUCGACCUCCACCAAAACCGAAGAAGCGCGAAUCGACCGGACCUCUGUUUGAAGACGAGGGCGAAGACGGCACGGAGGUGUGAUUAAAGCUAAAACUGGUGCUCGCUCGAGCACUGGUUGCGGCCGCAUUCUGAAGCCCCACGCGGACCAAACGUCUAUUAGGACUUCCGUGAACAUUAGUGUGGUGUUCUCGGCAAUUUUCAAUAUUACAGGGUGGACUUACAGAGAACCGUAGCGGUGUACAUAGAUGAUUAGGACAAAGACCAAACAAUGAACAAGAUCUCUGCAGAGUUUAGUGUUUUUUACUUGAUACAGUGCCUUACAAAAUGUAAAUAGUUAGGGACGUAUUAGACUAGAUUGACGAAAAUCAAAUUAUUAGUUGUAUUAAUAAUUAAUUUGAAAAGAGUUAGAAGAAGCAUAUUUUUUUGAUAGUCUGGAAGCAAGUGCAUCCAUUAGCUUAUCUUGAUAUAUAUACAGGGUGUCCCAGGUUGAGCUUACAUUGGAGGUUUUUAAACAACUCUUAUCUUAGGAUAUUAAUCUAGAUCCGAUAUUUUGUACGACCAGAUCUAACCAUUAAAAAUAUUUUCAAUAUGGCGGCACUUCUGUGAAUACCGGAAGUUGACAGGGACUUUCUUAUUUUAAAUCGAUAGCUCCAUUUUUUAUGAUACAGGGUGGUGACAAUUUCAAUGCUCAACAUUGGCAUCUCACAAAUUACGAAAGAUAUGAAU